GAGCCGCGCUGCCGGUGCGCGCUAAAAGGUAUACCGCUCUCGCGAAGAGGGAGAGAGAUAGGAAUUAAGAGCGAGCGAGAGGGAAAAGGAGAGAAAGGAGCCAGGUUGCCGCCACUGACUGGAUAUUGCGCGCCGCCGACAGAGGGAUAAGCUCGCGGUCGGUUCCCCCUUUUCUCCCGAGUCUCUCUUACUGUGUAGGUAGGUACCUAUACAGGCGACCUGCGUGUGUGUGUGCGUGUGUGUGCGCGUGUGUAAAGCGCGAGCUAUAGUCGCUGCGCGGCGGCGUUUCGUCCUCUCUCGCUCUUUCUAUAUAGGUACUUGUUCCGUUCGCGGCUGCACUCGCUCUCCGGACGCGAGCUCGGACCGAUAGACCAGUCGCGAUCGCGAGAGCUGCCUUGACGUGCAGUGUGUGAGCUCCGAAACGACGAUAUCUCACGCGCGAGUGCGCCCGCGUCCCUUGUGUCUGUGCGCGAAUCAGCUGCUGUGUCUCUGUGUGUGUGUGUGUGUGUGUCUAAUUCUUCCAUGGUGCUUAGCAUGUGCGUAUUUUUAAAACGUAUCGCCGCACGCGCGCAGACUCGUAAAGUCCCAGCCGGUAAUGAUGCAGUUACGGGCGAAUAAAUUUUCUGUAACACCGCGCCUGUGUCCGUGCGCAGCUUGUAAGUUAUACGCAAGGAGUGCUAGUGCAGCGCUUGUGUCGUGGGAAUAGAAAUUAAAAGUAUGAAAUAUCUUCGGAGGGGGGCAAUUAACGAUUUCCGCGAGAUGUUUCUCCGCUUGUAUAAUGCUCUCUCUCUUAGGCGACGAUUUUUCCUUGUUAAAGUGUAUUCGAGACUCGCGAAAUCGAGGCCGCUCGUCCUUCGUUACGCAAAAAUUAAUCGGUCCGCUCCCCGCGCUACGAACGUCAACUCCCAGUCGUUGAUCGAAAAAUAAUUAAUUAGCCCGCGAUACAGGUAAUUGCGUCCGGCAGUGUCGGCUUUAUCGAGGCAAUAACUCGCGCGCCACCGCAGCCGCCAAAAUAAUCUCCGUCCAUUAUUUUUCUCAGCUCGAAGCUGAGCGCACUCCUUUCACAUCAAGCUUCACCCCCCCCCCUCCCUCCCUCCCUCCUGCCGCUCACCUUUCAUUAAUUUAUUUGUCAGUCAAAAAGCGCGCGCGCGGACAUAGAAAAAAGAGCACAGGAGCGAAAGAUAAAGCACGCGGGGAAGAAAGACUCGCUGCGUUCAUGAUUUUCGUCUCUCUUUUAUCCGAGCCGCGCGGCAGCUCCCUUUUUUAUUCUCCCGUCCUCCUCCUCCCCCUCCUCCUUUGCUUCUUCCUCUCUCAUCGUCUACUGGUUCUUUGCGAGCUGCGCCGCGAUACAGGGGCCGGUUCCUUUCGGCGCGGCUGUAUACUUAUUGGGACGUUAAAGGCCCGAGAGAGAGAGAGAGAGAGAGAGAGAGCGAAGAAAUAGGCGCUAUAAUGAGGCGUAAUGGAUCGUCGUCGCGCGAGGCCUAUGGGCCUAUUAUCGCGGGGUUAUCUCAUACCGAUUCGUACCGAUUUUUCAGCGUGCGCGGCGAGUAAUUGCACCGGUACACAAACCCCCGCGGUGUCUCGAUUCUCGUUACGAUUUUUCCUCACAAAGUGUAUAAUACACUGUAUAUAAUAUGGCCCCUCUCUCGCUUAUCGGUCGCGGCUCGACUUAUAAAGGCCCGCGCGCGCGACGUUCAAAUAUAUGCGCAAUUACAUACACGGGUAUUCCUUUCGGAAAAGUCGCGGUACGUGCCGCGCGCGAGCAAAGUUUGCUUUUGGGCUUCAAACAGAGUACAUACGUGAUUUUGAAGAAAGGGCUCGCCGCGCUCUUGAAUACACAGAGAGAGAGAGAGAGAGAGAGAGAGAGAGAGAGAGACGCGAGAGAGUAUUUAUACACCCGCAAGAAAAUCAAACAUCCCUGCGCUGAGCCUCGGCGGAUAUGUAUUUGUAUAUCGAGUCUCGAUACGUUACAUACUCCCUUCGGGAUCGGAAAAACGCGGCGCGAGAACGAUCGUAUCAAGGUGAACGGCCCCGUGAACUUGCCGUAAGGCCGCGACGAGCAGCGCGUAUAUGCGCGAGGCUAUUUGUUCUUAUCUGAAAUUGACCGCGAAGGAUUAUACGCGCGCAGUGCCGAGUGCGAGAGAAUCGGUGGCGUGCGCUUAAUACGGGAGAACGUUCUCCGGGCUGCUACUGGUAUACACGCCUUUUUCAUUUCGAGAAAUAAAAGUUUCCAAACCGAUUGUUAUUACAGCGCGUACGCAGUGAUUCGUGUGUAGCUUCGAGAAGUAAUAUUAAGCCAAAUAGAAAAUCCCGCCGCGUCGAGAAGCUUGACUCCCGGCGUGAAAAUCGUUCCUCCUUUGAUGUGUCCCGCCGCGCGCAAUUGCCUAAUCUCUCUCGACAAACACCCUGAACCUUUUAUCGGCUGUCAUAACGGCGUUGCCCGCGAGAGAGCUUUUUAUUGCCGCGCGCCCGACCAAAAACGAACGACUAUUAUACGCUGUUCGUCUUAUCACACGCGCACGUCCUCUAUCCCAGGAACGUUCCCGUGUCAUAUCCUCGCCGACGAGAGCAAACUGGGUCGUUCACCUUGUUCAAACAAAACGAUCGCACGCGGCUCUGCGGCGUAUCUCGCCGACCGAUCGGUAAAAAGCGAAAUUCUCGAACGAAGCUGCUGCUGCUGCUGCUGCUGCUGCUCGAGCGAGAGGUAUAGGCAGCUUGUCAAUUAACCGAAAUCAAAGUGUUAUUUUCUUCAGCGCGCGGGAUCGACGUCGAGCGAUCUCGAGCAUAGAGAGGCGACAGGAGUGCGCGACCAUGCAGAAGGAAGCCCGACGAGCUGCCGAUAGGGACGACCGUCAGAGAGUCUGCUGCUGCUACCGCGACUAGGCUUGUGCGCGCAGAGGUAGUACGGAGAGCUACGCGCCGAGUCUGGAGAGUCCACACUGGUACCGUCUCCAUACUCAUCUCUCAGCCGGAUGUUCCAGGCCAUCGGCUACCGCCUCGACGGGAGUAAUAGCUGCAGCACAUGGAAGUAGUGGUCGCGCCCUGACCCCAAAUACUUCGGCACGAUGUCGUCCCGGCACUGGACACGAUCCGUGAAAAGCGCGCUGGACAUACGACUGCUCGCUCUGCUGUUGCUCGAGCUCGCGCUCGGUAGUCUGGCUGGCUCGAGACGCGGUGGGACGUGGAUAUACUCCGGUCUGAGGGGCAUCUCUCUGCUGGAGCCGGCCACCUCGUCCUCCGGCAAUAGCGAUCUCCCCGGAAUAGUGGACGUCCGCACGAUGGAAGCCUCGUCCCUCUGCUCGUCCUUGAAGGGCCUGUCGCAGGGCCAGGAAAAGCUGUGCCAACUGUCCCACGAUCACAUGCCUUGCGUAGCUCGAGGUGCCAAGGCCGGCAUCCACGAGUGCCAGCACCAGUUCAGGCAUCGGCGCUGGAACUGCUCCACUAGCAACGACGAGAGCGUUUUCGGACCGGUACUCGACUUGGGCAGCAGAGAGACGGCGUUCGUGCACGCGAUAACGGCCGCGGGGGUCGUGUACUCGCUCGGCCGCGCCUGUCGCGACGGCCAGCUGUCCUCCUGCGGAUGCUCCAGGAGCGGCAGGCCCAAGGAUCUCAAUCGAGAGUGGAUCUGGGGCGGCUGCGGCGACAACCUCGAGUAUGGAUACAAGUUCGCCCAGUCGUUCGUGGACGUUCGCGAGCGCGAGAGGAGCUACAAGCGGCGCAGUCGCCAGCACGGCAGGAGUCUCAUGAAUCUCCAUAACAACGAGGCCGGCCGACGAGCCGUGAUUAAGAGCUCGAAGGUGACGUGCAAGUGCCACGGAGUUUCCGGGAGCUGCAGCCUCAUCACAUGCUGGCAGCAGCUCGCCUCCUUUCGAGAGAUCGGAGAUUAUCUGCUGGACAAGUACGACGGAGCGACGGAGGUCAAAGUGAACAGAAGGGGCCGACUGUCGAUCAGAGAUCCGCGAUACUCUCUGCCCACUGCCAACGACCUGGUGUACUUAGACGACUCGCCCAACUAUUGCUUUGCGAACACAUCAUUGGGCUCGUUAGGUACUCGCGGAAGAACCUGCAACAGAACGUCGUCGGGCAUCGACGGUUGCAAUCUCCUGUGCUGCGGUCGGGGCUACAACACGCAGAAGAGCACCAUCAGCGAGAGGUGCGACUGCAAGUUCCACUGGUGCUGCGAGGUCCAGUGCAGCACCUGCAACAAGAGCGUCGAGCUCCACACGUGCAAGUGAAAACGAACAAUCGUCCGUGACCUCUCUACGUCGCGAUGUCGCGAUGCGCAUAAUAUAUAGGAUUACGAAUUACAUUCGAUCAGUCUUCGACGAACACGCGCGAAGUUCUUCCAGCGAAUGGCGAACUGCGUAUUUACACGGACGAAUACUUAAAAAAACCAAACUUUUAAUUUAUUUCUCUUUUCAGCGCGAGAAGGAAAGACGAUGAGCAGCUGUAUUUUUGUGUAAAACAUACUUGUUCGUGUAUUGUUAUCAUCUUAUAAAGUAUGAACAACUGAUGCGAAUUUCCAGUAACCUGAGUUCUUUGAGCGAGCAACAUAUCAUCUUAUAGUAAUAAUAAAUAACAGUUUGCUUUAUAAAAAAAAAAAAAAAAAAAAAAAAAAA